GUUUUCUAUAUCUACGUUGUAGCUGUUUCAUAAUUGCCAGUGCGUUAAGAGUCUCUGUUAUCAUUCCGUCUUUGCCGUUUUUAGUCAUAUACAAUGCUUCUAAUGAUACGGUGCACAGCCAGCUUAAUUUACUUUUCUGUGCAUUCUCAUCCAAUAUGCUUCUCUCAUUCUUCCGUUCCUGAGGUGGGGCUGACCUGCCAAGGUCAUUUUCGUUGAUCAACUUAUAGUUUGAGGUACGAGAUCAACAUUAGUGACAACUUCAUGUUCCAGCUCGUCGAUCACUUCCAUAAUUAUGACGCCUCUAAGGCAUAUUUUCUAUAUGUUACUUCGAAUCUGCCUCGGACCAGACUACAAUGCUGGAAUAGCUUCAUGGGGCUGUGGUAUCUCUCGAGAAUGAGGACUCUCUGGCCUAUCGAACUAAUCUUUCUGUUGUCAUGAUGCCUUCAUAGCUGGCUUUGAGGCAGUGACGCCCUCGCAAAUAGGUACCUAAUGGGCUCGAGGUAUCCGAGAUGUGAGACUCUCGAGGACGUUAAAGGGGCAUCAAAGGGGGCUCAAAAGUCUAUAAGAAGGGCGGCUUUUCCCUCCCAAGAUCAUCAUCGCAACGACACAGCAUCCAAAGCAUCACUGCCUACAAAGACCAACAAAAUCCAAUUUAUACACUUUCCGAGUCUACUUAAUCUACUCCUAUAUCAAUCAACAUGAAGUUCUCUACUAUUCCCGUUCUCCUCGCCCUCGUCUUCGCCGUCCAGGCUGAGGUCAACUCUUGGUACGUCAGCUCCAAGGACAUCACUUGCACCGGCGACGCAACCGGCCAAAUCAACUGUAUCCCCGGCCACACCGAGGGCGUCGAAGAGGUCCACCUUGACCACCCUACCACUCGCAACGUCGCCAUCCGCGGCCGCGAAGUCGAAGUGCCAGGCCUGCAGAAGCGUGUCACUUGCAACAUCGACGGUGUGACCCAGGGCCUUGCGUGCUUCACACACUGCUUCGCCAUCGGCUACUGCAACUCCCACUGUGACUCUAACAACAUCUGCCGCUGCACGUGCAAGGACGAGACUCAAUGGUGGAACCCAAUUGUCUGCAGCAAGACCAGCUGCUAAAUUAGCGGCGAUGAUGAUGAUGGUGAUAGUCCGGAGCUGGUGAAGUAUGUAGAGGAUAAAGAGGUGGAGAGGAAGGUCCAAAACUUUCCUACGGGAGGUAUUAGUAGAGGAACUUGAUUUUGUAUCUGUAAUGCAUGCAC